AUGGCAGCAAAUUCUGUUACACAAGAUGUAACAUCACCUUAUUACAUAAAUCCUUCUGAAAACACUUCGUUGCCUAUAGUUUCUGAAAAAUUUUCUGGUGAAGCAUAUGGUGAAUGGAAGAGAAGCAUGAUGAUUGCUUUGGCUACGAAGAACAAGCUAGGGUUUGUGGAUGGAAGCCUACCUAAGCCAGCUGAAAAUGAUGUGAAUUGUGCAGCAUGGAAAAGGUGUGAUGCAAUAAUCAUUUCUUAUAUUUUGAGGUCUUUGGAAAAUUCGAUUGCAAGGAGUGUAUUGUUCUUGCCUACUUCUCAAGAAAUCUGGAAGGAUUUAGAAGAAAGGUUUUCACAAACUUGUGGACCUCAAUUGUAUUCUUUACAACAAUCUUUGGCUGAUUUGAAGCAAGGACCAGAAGUUUCUGUGACAGAUUUCUUUACACAGAUUAAAGCAAUAUGGGAUCAGAUUAAUCAAAUGAAUCCUUUGCCUACUUGUGCAAGUAAUGGAUGUACUUGUACUCAGAUUUUCUUGAAACAACAACAAGAAGAAAGACUAGUUCAGUUCUUAAUGAAGCUGGAUAGUAGAUUCACAACAGUCAGAUCGAAUAUCUUGAUGAUGCAGCCUUUGCCAUCUAUUUCAAUGGCAUAUAAACUGCUUGUUCAGGAAUAA